AUGGGAGGUUACCAGAAAAACGUCCCCCUCCAAAAACUGGUCACCAAGCCACUCACGUCCUUUGCAAAACUGCUGGGAAAGGAUGGUGAUCUUCCUGUACAUGAAGCAAGCAAGUACCAUAAGGAAGCAAUGCAGGCUGGGAAGGAGUUUCUCGCACGUGUUAAGGCUCCCGAAAAAGAUGUAGCCAACCAAAUCAGCAGUCAGCGUCUACAUCAAGUGAACGACAACCGAAACCGCCUGGCCCCAAUUAUAAAGUCUAUCAUCUUUCUAGGGCGCCAAAAUAUACCAUUCCGUGGGCACCGAGACGACGGAAGACUUCUUGAACGGUCAAAUGAGGCCUCAUUGACUUCGAAUGAGGGCAAUUUCCGCGAGCUCCUGCGCUUUCGAGUAUCAAGUGGGGACACUGAACUCCAGAAGCACCUUGCCAGCACAUCAUCCCGAGCCACGUACAUCAGCAAGACAACCCAAAACGAAUUAAUCAAGUGCUGUGGAGAUGAGGUUCUUGCUACACUCAUUCAGUGGGUGCACGAGUCGGGCGUCUACAGCAUUAUGUUCGACGAAACAACCGAUGUAUCGCACACAUCGCAGCUGAGUCUUGUUCUGCGGUAUGUACACGAGAACGUAGUGCGAGAGGACUUUUUCCAAUUCGUUGACCCUCGCACUGACAGCCAUGCUGUCGAUGCCAACGUAAUUGAGCCCAUCCUGACAGGCAGAGUACUUGGUGAGAGGGUUUUGAAGAUGCUGAAGGACCUACAACUCGACUUGGAGAGGUGCGUUGGCAUAGCAACAGAUGGCUGCAGCGUCAUGGUGUCAGAGCUGUGUGGCGCCGUGUCAGAAAUUAAGCGGUGUGCCACAAAAGCAGUUCACUCUCCUUGUUUUAACCAUGCACUCAACUUGUCACUAUCAAAGUCAUUGCGUGUUCAAGCCGUCAGGAACGCGGUGGGGAUUAUGAAAGAGGUAAUUUCCUUUUUCACCGCCUCACCGAAACGAAACAGUGUAUUGAAGAACACACUUGGCCACCAGCUUAAAGGCCUUUGUGAGACGAGAUGGGUGGAGCGACAUGAUAGUGUCAUCCAAUUUCGAGACUGCCUUGUCCUCGUGGCGAAAGCUCUUGACGCCGUCGCCAACUGGAAAGAACUUCAAAGCGCUGCAAAAGCAAGGACACUCCGCGUCGCUGUUGGCGAUGGUGAGUUCGUGAUGGCGAUAGUUUGCCUCUCGGACCUAUUGGCGCACACGCUUCCAUUGAGUCGUCUCUACCAGAAGGAGUGCGUUGAUGUGCACACAGCAAGGAAUACUUUGACAGACACUGUAGCUGUCCUAAAUGCUCAAAGACGAAACAGUGAAGAGGCGUUUACACCUCUCUACCAGCAAGCCGUCACGCUCGCGGAUGAACUUGAAACAGAGCUGCGGCUCCCUCGCAUCACGAAGAGACAGUCCUACAGGUCUAACACUCCAGCGCUUGAUCCAGAGAGCUUCUACAGGACGUCAGUAUAUAUUCCACUACUGGAUAAUGUGUUGGUAGACCUCAAAUGGAGAUUCAAUGAAGAUACUUUUGGAGUUUGCGAGCUCUUCCUAUUUAUGCCGUCCCAGCUGCUGAAUACCAUAUCACCGGAAGACGAAACUAAAAUAGUAACACAGAUCUCCCAGCGGUAUGGAUCACUCGUAAGGCAUGGACCGAUAAGUGCGAGUGUCAUUGCAGCAGAACUGCGGCUAUGGCGGGAAAAGUGGAAGCGUGAACGUGAAGAAGGAGCUGCCAUCCCUGCGACUGCUAUUGAAGCAUUCUGCACGUGCGACGUAGACAUCUUUCCUUCGAUCAAGGCACUUCUACAAAUACUGGCCACCCUUCCUGUCAGCAUCGCCAGCGCCGAAAGAUCAUUCUCUACACUACGCCGCUUAAAGACAUGGCUGCGAUCACAAAUGAGUGAAACACGCCUGACCGGCCUCGCCUUGCUACAUACGCACAGAGACAUCCCUGUUGACUGUGAAAAAGUUAUUGAUCGCUUCGCCAACAGAAAUCGUGGUCCGCGGAGGUUAGAAUUUGUGUUGUAG